AGAGUGUUCGCUGUGGCCUAGCCCCUCGCCGCCGUGGGCCCGCGGCCCCCUCCUCCCCCGCCGGCCCGCAGCCCGCCCCUCGGGAUGGCCGCCGCGGUGGGCUGGCACACGGUGCUGCUCAGAGGAGGUCUGGAACGCAUCUGGGCAGUGCAGGCUCCCAGCGUUGGACGGCGGCCUGCGAUACACGCAGGUCGCCGCGGGCGGGUGGCACACCGCGCUGCUCCGGAGCGACGGGCGUGCCGCGUCCUGCGGCUGGAACGCCGACGGCCGGUGCGACAUUCCUGCCCUGGACGGUGGGCUGACCUACACGCAGGUCGCUGCGGGUGGCCGGCGCACCGUCCUGCUUCGCAGCGACGGGACGGCCCCGUGGCAUGCGGGUGGAACGACGUCGGGCAGUGCCGCCUUCCAGAGCUGGACGGAGGCCUGAGGUACACGCAGGUGGCCGCGGGCGGCGAGCACACGGCGCUGCUCCGGAGCGACGGGGCGGCCGUGGCCUGCGGGUGGAAUGGGUCCGGGCAGUGCGACGUCCCAGCUCUGGGCGGAGGCCUGGCCUACAUGCAGGUGGCCGCAGGCGGCGAGCACACGGUGCUGCUCAGGAGCGACGGGACGGCCGUGGCCUGCGGGUCCAACGAGCAUGGGCAGUGCGACGUUCCAGCUUUGGAUGGAGACCUGACCUACACGCAGGUGGCCGCAGGCGGCGAGCACACGGUGCUGCUCAGGAGCGACGGGGGUGCCGAGGCUUGCGGCAGGAGCAGGCACGGCCAGUGCGACGUGCCGGCGCUGGAGGUGGGCCUGACCUACACGCAGGUCGUCGCGGGCGGUAAGCACACCGUGUUGUUCAGGAGCGACGGCACGGCCCAGGCCUGUGGCGAGAACACGUAUGGACAGUGCGACCUGCCUUCCUCGGGUGCCGCCAGAGGCGGCCCUGAACCAGGGUGAACCCAGCUGCUCGCG